GCAAAAACUCUCUCAAAUUUGUCCGCCAUCCUUCAUCGAUUUUCACCAUCCCCGUUGCCUUCCAACGUGCUGUUUACUGAGCAUCUUGGCCCCUCUUUCAAUUGCCCGCCUCGACUGAAAGGUGACCAGGACACUAUUCGACCACCGUCGGGGCCACCAUCGGAUUUUGUAAAAGUUGCGGUCAAGGUCUUCAUGCAUGAGUAUUUGCCUGUGGAUUUGGGAAGUUCGAAGGAACCUAAGAUUAAACAUAAACAACUCAAUCCAUUCAGAGUUAAAGAUGAUAAGAAUUUAUCAAAGAGAAAUAAAGGUACUUAUACAUUCAGAGUGCAAGGACAAGUUUAUCAUUUUAUAAAUAAUUUGUCAGAUUCAAAGAAUUUGCAGCUAUAUUUUUAUGAUACAGACAAUGAAGUUGCAAAUCGUUUAAAUAUAUGUCCAAGACUCAACGAAAGCAUAAUUGAAAAGGUAAUUAAAAUAUUGAGUGAAAGUUCAUAUGCUAGAUUCUUCAGUUUUAAGAACAACAAUGAACAUGGAUCAAAGAUAUCCCAAGUGGCAGCAAUAUGGAUAGAAGUCGAUGAGAAUGAAGAAACAGGACGUAGAGAUAUACAAAUACAAAGUUGUAUUGGAUCUUCACAUAAUAUAGAAUAUUAUUAUGGUUGCUACGAUCCUUUGCAAUAUCCUUUGCUUUUUGCUUAUGGAGAAGUAGGACGGCAUCAAGGUAUUUUGAAAAAAGGGGAAAAUCAUACUAGCACAUAUCAUCAUGACAAAAAUAGCGAGAAUGAAAUAUCUCCUUUAUUUGCCUCAAUAGCCGAAGAGCUUUUAGAAAGUGAACAUCAA